AUGGGGAUUGAGCCGAGUGGAAGCGGGCGAAUCAAAGUUGAUGAACACUAUCCGUCAGAGCUCGACGAGCCGCCGCCAUUCGAUGUGAAGAGAAUCGAGAAUAUUCGAUCAAAUGUGAAGUUUGAUACCUUGUACCAAGUUUCGAAACUUCUUGGAGAUGGAAAAUUUGGUAAAGUGUAUUGUGUCAUUGAAAAAGCAACGGGACAUGAGUUUGCGGCCAAGUUCAUCAAAAUCAGAAAGGAGGCAGAUCGCGCUGAAGUUGAACGGGAGGUCUCGAUUCUCACACAGCUUCGGCAUCCGCGGAUUGCUCAAAUUUAUGACGCAUUUUACACAACGACGAACGACGUCGUUUUGAUAAUGGAAAUAGUUCGCGGAGGUGAACUAUUUGAUCGGGUCGCUGAAGAAUCUUAUGAGUUGUCUGAGCUCGCGGUGGUCAUGAUCAUAUGCCAAUUGUGCGAGGCCAUUGAUUAUAUUCACAAGCAGCAUAUCUUGCAUUUAGAUGUCAAGCCAGAAAAUAUCAUGUGUGUUUCAUUGACGGGUAAUCGCAUCAAGCUCAUCGAUUUCGGCUUGGCUCGACACUAUGAUGGAACACAGGAGCUCAAAUAUAUGGCCGGAACUCCAGAGUUUGCAGCGCCCGAAGUUAUUAAAUUUGAGAAGCUCGACUAUCACACUGAUAUGUGGAGUGUCGGCGUCAUCACUUACAUAUUACUCUCCGGAUAUUCGCCAUUUCUUGGAGAUAACCUUGGCGAGACUUACUGUAACGUCGAAAAAGGAGUUUGGGAAUUCACCGAGGAGUUUGAUACAGUUAGCGACGAAGCCAAAGAUUUUAUCUCGAAAUUGCUGGUUUAUGAUCAAAGAAAACGCAUGCUACCACAUGAAUGCCUUCAACAUCCUUGGAUAGCGAAACAUCGUCAGAAAGCGGCGUGCAACGCGAUUUUGGAAAAACCACUCAAUGCGCCAACUCUUGACAAUAAGCAGAUUAUGAGAUACAAUGCCAAAAGAAAAUUCCGGCGAAUGAUAAUUUACGUGAAAUUCCUUAUUGAAAUGAAUCGUCUUCGCAAUUCGUUGAGGUCUCGAAUGUCCUCGAAUGGUCAUAAGUUCUUCGAUCCAUUGCUGAAAAUGGCGGAGGAGAAGGAGCAGAAAAUCAGCGAGGUUUGCAGCUCAUCGGGAGCUACUACUUCCGGCUUGAACUCGUUAGUACAUAAGGCAAUUGAAUCAAAACGAAAGGGUAGUGAAGCUAGCCAUCUAAGCCAUUUAAGCAUGAUUGUUGAGGAGCUCGAUGAUAGUUCAGAGAAGCCCAAGAAGCGGGCUUCAAAGGACUCAGCAACGGAAAACAAAACAAAGAUAGAUGAGCCGGUGAAAAAGAAGAGCAUUAAAAAAUCGGACGGAACGACAGUUGAAAAGAAAAAGAAAUCAGUUGCUGACAGUGAAGUAACGGCAGAAAGUGUGACGAGCGAAGAAAUGGCGAAGAAGAAAAGAAUGUCAGCAGAUGGAGUAAAGGUCUUAAUGAAAAAAGUCAAUGAAGAACCGACUGGAGAGAUUAAGCGAUCAGCAAGCACAUCGGAGAAGAAGCUUGCCCCAGUUGUUGAAGAGCUCAAGAGAGCGUCUGUUGGUAACGCAGUAAACGGAAUCGAGAAGAAGACUGCCGUUAAAAAAGCUACGGUAGAAGAUAAAACUGUAAUUGUCAAAGAAGAUGAAAAGAAGCCAGUUAAAACUGAAAAGGCCACUAAUAAGAAACCGCUUAGUGAAGAGAAGAAAGCUCUUAAAAAAGCUCUCGCGGAGAAACACGAAGAAAUGGAAAGAAAAGAAGCGAUGAAAGCUUCUGAUGAAGACAAGAAGAUGAUGAAAAAAGUGGAGAAAUCAAAAAAAGAAGACAGCUCGGAGAGCACAAAAGAGAACAAUACAGAUGAGGCGCUGAAACCUAAACGCUCAGGAGCUCUACGGAAGCGGGAUAAGUCCAUUGAUACAGUGCUCAAUUCUGUGCCAGAACCAACAACACUUCUGAAGACGUCAGGAAGUCAAGUCGCAACAUCUUACAGUAUUGUUGAAAAUGUGAAGCCGCAUGGCGAAGUCGUAAAGAGUGAGAAAAUUAUUGUAAAGAAAAAGAGUCUGAAGUCGAAAGACCUAGAAGCGAAAUCGAAGGAUGUGGCAGCAAAGAUUUCAUCUCAAAUUCUUGAAAAUAAAGAAGCCCUUCCAAAAAUAUCAACCCAUACAGUUGCAUUUGAGCCGAGUCCUGCAGUUAAGAAGCUCCCAUCGAAAAUUAAAAAGCUGAUUGCCGAGAAGAUCGAUGAUCUUCCUUCAAAAGACUCGAAGAAAAAGACAACACUUGUACUCAAAGCCGAAGAGACUGAAACCACUUCUGUAAAGACAACAACAAGUGUGAAGCGGAAAACCCAAAGCUCAGAGAAAAAAGUUGAGCAUAAUUCGGAUGGGAAGAGUGUUCAGUCACUGCAAAAACAGAAAUCCCAACAAGAUGAUGUCAAGAUUAGCCAAGUCACCACUAAGACAGAAGAGACGCCAUCAAUGCCAACUCCGCAACUGAGCAUCAAGAAGAGCGUUCUUAAGCACGUAAUUGCCAAAAGCACUGCGGAGAAAGAAUUAAAGGAGACAAAUCAGCAAGCUACUACAAAAACGCAGUCGGUGAUCAAAAAAGAUUCAACAGAAACUUCCCUUCAAGUUUCAUCAAAGGUCAGUGGAGAAAAGGCUACGUCAGCGAAAAUUUCAGAGGCAAAAGUCUCGAAAAAGAAAAUGCAACUCACCGUUGAAGAGCCAAGAAAAUCUUCUCUCAAGAAGACAAAUGCCAAUAUCACCGAGGAGCUCACUAACAAGCUUGAUAUUGAGAAAGACAAUAAGAAAGCUUCCAUCAAGGCUACACAAUUGACAACGGUAAAAAUUGGACCAGAAUUGUCUAGUGAGACAUCAUCCAAUAAAAGUGUCAGAAUAAACGUGGAUUCAUCAAAAAGGUCUAGUGUGAAAUCGCAUGUGAGUAGUGUUAGCACUAGAGAUAGUUCUGAGGAACGUAAAAAGGUGCGAUUUGCUGAGGACGUUUCCAAACCGCCACCAUACCUUCCACGCCUGCCCAAAUUUGGUCCAGGCCUUCAAAAAAUGAAAUCCGAAAGCUCAUUGCACAAAACGGUCAACACUAACGGAUUGGCGAAAAAGAAUCAUCAAGACGAUGUCGCUCUGGGCAGAAAAAGCUCAUUAUUCACCGAUGUCGACUACACACCGCGUGAGGACUUUUCGUUUGAAAAUCUGCGUGAGAAAUUGACGCGUCGCGUUAGCGACGCAUUCGAAGAUCAAAACAAUUCGAGUAAGCCAAGAAAAAUGAUUACCAUACCGCCGACAAAUUCCGUCAAAGAUCGACUCAGGCAUUCCAUACGCAAACCCGCUCAAAAAACCGAUGAUCGGCAAACCGAAUGGGCAUCAUUGGUCGUAGGCGCCGGAUUAACAUUCUUCGCCGCUGUCCAGUUUACGAUAUAUUUUGCUUCAGUGUGGCCUUAUCUAUUACAAUUGGAUCCAUUCAUAUCAGAACAGUUUUUCGGUUUUAUCAAUGCUUCAUAUAGUCUUGGGCAAGCAUUAUUCUGCCCGAUCUUUGGGUACUGGUGUAACCGAAUCGGGCAAUGUAAGUUGCCUAUACAAACAGGAAUCGUCGUAAUGAUCGUUGGAAAUUUAAUGUUUUUGCUGUGCCCGGUUCUUCCAAUUCCACCGAAAUGGACAAUGUUGUUUUCUCGAUUAAUUACGGGUUGCGGAGGAGGGAUCAUAUCUGUUCUUAAAAACUAUGCAGUUACCGCUAGUACAGUUAGUGAUCGAUCUCGUUCGAUCUCAUUAAAUGCUGGAUGCUUCGCACUAGGUCUCACAUUCGGACCGGCUAUCCAGAUAUUCUUUACACCUUUGAAAUAUCCAGGAAUCAUUCUUGGAGGUGGAAUUAAUAUUGAUAUGUAUACUGCUCCUGCAUUUUUUGGAAUUAUUAUGAAUGCGAUAUCCAUGUGUCUUGUGAUUUUAUUUUUCAAGGAAUCAACUGUCGGCAUCACACCAAAAAUCACUGAUGAUGAGAAUAGUAGAUUCUACGCUCUUCCAAAACCCAAUAAGAUUGCUAUUUUCGCUUGUAUCACUACAAGAUUUGCUCAAAUGUUUGUUAUCACCAAUUUGGAAACUAUCAAUCAUCGAAUCGGAACAAUUGUCGGGCUGAUGGGAUUAAUAUUGUUUCAUUUAGUUUCUUACCCAUGGUGGUUUUUGCCGGGUAAAAUCACAUAUCAAGAAGUUUACAUUACUGUCAACGGAACUUCUGUACUUAAUCCCGAUCCAAUUGGGUGUCGGCCGACUCUGAAAUGGUGUGACGAUGUGCCACCAAUCAACCAAUACGUCUAUAUCAUAUCUUAUAUCAUUAUUUGUGGAUUUUCAUUCACUAUAAUCAACAUUUGCAUGAAUACUGUGUUUUCAACUGUAUUAGGGCCAAGAAAUCAAGGAACAAUGCAAGGUAUUCUUUUACUCAGUGGAAGUGUUGCUAGAAUGCUUGGUCCAGUUUUUAUUUCAAAUCUGUUCACGAUUGCCGGACCUCGUCCAGCAUGGAUACUUGAAAUAAUUUUUGCUGGCGUUUCGGCCAGCUUAUGGAUCAUUUUCUAUAAGAAAUUGGUCCCUCUUCAACUUCCGCAUACAAUGUCGGCUGGCACAAUGUACAAAAACAAGCACGGUUCAGUGUAUAAAUUCUAA